ACAUGAAAGAACAGCUAUUAAGUUUAGUGCUCCCGAUACUCAUCACAUUGGAUUGGAGCCAGGGGAAGGUGUUCAGAGUCAGCAAGAUGGAGUGUCGAUCCUUGGAUCCAUCGUUCACCUACUUUAAGACUUGUAAAGUGGUUCACAAAGAAAACGGUCGAGCUGCUCUCUAUGUUAAUGAGGUGUUUCUCUAUAAAGAUCCAAUUGAUGAUAUCGUUCUUAACCUGGGAAUUUUUAGGAUAGUUAAAAACCGUCGUUUUCAGUUCCUGAAUGAGACUUUGGACUAUUGUCUUUUUAGUCGGCAGUAUUUGGCCAGUGGAUUUUUCGGAUUUCUGAUGACUCCGAUGAUGAGAAUCUCUAACGUGAAUGCUACAUGCCCGCUUCAGCAAAAUAUAUCUUUCAAUGGCUUUCCUGUUGAUGAAAACACAAUAAAGGAGAUUCCAAUUCCAAACGGUGUUUACAUGUUCCACUUGCGAUCAUCCAUGAUGAAAAAAUGGCGAACAGACGUGAGAGUCUAUGCUACGCGAGUUAAUAAGUAUUCUGAAUAACUAAUAAAUUGGUUUACUUACUUAAUAGAUAAAUUUAAUAAAGGUAUACUGUAUUUCUUCAAUUGUAACGUCAUCUUAAAUGUGUUCAACAUUUGACACAACAUUGGUAUACGUAUAAAACAUACAUUGAAAUUACGUUUCAUGUAAUAUACAU